AUGACAAAAACAAAAACCAAUAGAAACCUCCUAGAAGAAAAACUCCAGGAAAUGCAGCAGUUCUUUGGGCUAGAAGUAACUGGGCAACUGGACACCUCAACUCUGAAAAUAAUGCACACGUCUCGAUGUGGAGUGCCUGAUGUACAGCAUCUCAGAGCAGUGCCCCAGAGGUCAAGAUGGAUGAAGCGGUAUCUCACUUACAGGAUCUAUAAUUACACUCCAGACAUGAAGCGUGCGGAUGUAGACUACAUAUUUCAGAAAGCUUUUCAAGUCUGGAGUGAUGUCACUCCUCUAAGAUUCAGAAAGCUUCAUAACGGCGAGGCUGACAUUAUGAUACUUUUUGCAUUUGGAGAUCAUGGAGACUUCUACAAAUUUGAUGGCAAAGGUGGUACCUUAGCCCAUGCUUUUUAUCCUGGGCCCGGUAUUCAAGGAGAUGCACAUUUUGAUGAGGCAGAAACCUGGACUAAAAGUUUUCAAGGCACAAACCUGUUCCUUGUUGCUGUUCAUGAGCUUGGUCAUUCCUUGGGGCUGCCGCAUUCCAAUAAUCCAAAAUCAAUAAUGUACCCUACCUACAGAUACCUUCACCCCAACACAUUUCGUCUCUCUGCUGAUGACAUACGCAGCAUUCAGUCCCUCUAUGGAGCCCCAGUGAAAACCCCAUCCUUGACAAAUCCUGGAAGUCCACCAUCAACUGUGUGUCACCAAAGCUUGAGUUUUGAUGCUGUCACAACAGUGGGAGAUAAAAUCUUUUUCUUUAAAGACGGGUUCUUCUGGUGGAGGCUGCCUGGGAGUCCAGCCACCAACAUUACUUCAAUUUCUUCCAUGUGGCCAACUAUCCCAUCUGGUAUUCAAGCUGCUUAUGAAAUAGAAGGCAGAAAUCAACUUUUUCUUUUUAAAGAUGAGAAGUACUGGUUAAUAAACAACUUGGUACCAGAGCCACACUAUCCCAGAAGCAUACAUUCUCUGGGCUUCCCUGCAUCUGUAAAGAAGAUUGAUGCAGCUGUCUUUGACCCACUUCGCCAAAAGGUCUAUUUCUUUGUGGAUAAACAAUAUUGGAGGUACGAUGUGAGGCAGGAACUCAUGGACCCUGCUUACCCCAAGCUGAUUUCUACACACUUCCCAGGAAUCAGGCCAAAAAUUGAUGCAGUUCUCUAUUUCAAAAGACACUACUACAUCUUCCAAGGAACCUACCAAUUGGAAUAUGACCCCCUGCUGCAUCGUGUCACCAAAACAUUGAAAAGUACGAGCUGGUUCGGUUGUUAGGAAGAAUGUAGUGAAGGAUGCUUGCUGGUUUUUGUUUCAUAAACAUUUAUUACAUAUCCACUGUAUGCUCAGGGUGUAACUACAUGGCAAUGAUGUAAUGUGAAAUGAGGCGAGAUAUACAAGCCACAUACACAUAGUUACACAGAAAAGUGCUUUUACAAAAUUAAGCUCUUUUGGUAAACUUUU